AAGGGGAGUUAGAAAAAGUUGCGAAAGCGCAAAGCGAAGAGGGAGGCAUGAAAGGGCCGCCUAUAAAACGAGGAUUAACUGGUGGGGAGAAGCAAAAAGAAGUUGGAGCUUCAGCAUUAAGGAAGCCGUAGUGGGAGCCUCUGGUGGCCACUCUCUUUUGCAGUCCGGGAGGCAAAACUCGCCCAGGCGGGGCAAUGGGGUGCCUAGAGAAGCCCGAUAUCGUGCAGGAGGCGAAGCCGGAGCUGGUGGAAGCGGAGGCUCCUAACGGGUCAAUCCCGGCACUGGCGCUGGAGGUCCGUCUGACCUGGCGCCGGUGGCUGAUCGUGAUCCUCUUCAGCUCCUACUCCUUCUGCAACGCGUUCCAGUGGAUCCAGUACGGCAGCAUCAACUUGAUCUUUGCCGGGUUUUACGACGUGACUCCUUUCGCUAUCGACUGGCUCUCCAUGUGCUACAUGAUCGUCUACAUCCCGCUCCUGUUCCCUGUCGCCUGGCUCCUCGACCUGAAGGGGCUGCGGCUCAUUGCCCUGGCCGGGUCCGCCCUCAAUUGCUUGGGAGCCUGGGUGAAGACGGGGAGCGCGGAGCCCCAUCUCUUCCCGGUCACGAUCCUGGGCCAGAUCAUCUGUUCCCUGGCGCAAGUCUUCAUCCUGGGCAUGCCGUCCCGCAUCGCGUCCGUCUGGUUUGGCCCCCGAGAGGUCUCGAGUGCCUGUUCCAUCGCUGUCUUUGGCAACCAGCUUGGCAUUGCAGCUGGUUUCCUCCUACCCCCAGUUCUGGUUCCCGAUUUGGAGCAGAAGGAGGAGUUGGCUUACCAUAUUGGCAUCAUGUUUUUUAUCACAGCGGGUGUGGCAACAGCACUUUUCAUCUUAGUUGUGUUUGUGUUUCAGGAAAAGCCUCCAUAUCCUCCAAGUCCAGCCCAGGCUGUGAUUAAGGCAGCAGCUCCAGAGGAAUAUUCCUAUCUGAAAUCCAUCGUCCGGUUAUUUUCUAACGUUAACUUUGUGCUGUUGAUAAUCACUUAUGGCUUAAACACAGGUUGCUUCUAUGCCCUCUCAACUUUGCUAAAUCGCAUGGUAAUGCUGCAUUAUCCAGGAGAAAAUCUAAAUGCUGGUCGAAUUGGUCUUACCAUUAUAGUGGCUGGCAUGUUUGGAGCUUUGAUUUCUGGCAUCUGGUUGGACAGGACCAAAACAUAUAAACAGACAACACUGGUUGUUUACAUCAUGUCAUUUGUGGGUCUGGUUGUUUAUACUUUUACCCUGGAUCUAGGUCAUAUCUGGGUGGUCUUUAUAACAGCUGGUGUACUGGGCUUUUUCAUGACGGGUUACCUACCUCUGGGCUUUGAAUUUGCAGCAGAGUUAACGUAUCCAGAAUCUGAAGGAACAUCGUCAGGCCUUCUUAAUGUUUCUGCACAGGUUUUUGGAAUAAUUUUCACCAUUAGCCAAGGACAGAUCAUUGAUCACUUUGGGACUAAAGCUGGGAACAUCUUCCUUUGCAUCUUCCUGUUCAUUGGUGCUAUUAUCACUGCUUUCAUCAAACCUGAUCUCCGAAGACAACAGGCCAAUCUGGAUAAUGAACAGGCUAGACUCCAAAGCAGUAACAGUCAGAUAAUGAACUAUGGAGUUUGUACCUUAUCCCCAUCAUUUCCCAUCCUUGCUCAGUAAUUCACAAACCAAAGAAAUCAGUGGGAGUUGACUCAGACCAACAGUGCACUGCUAUUUGAAGAAUCAAAUCAUUUUAGGCUGUAAGCGGCUGAAAAGAUAUUGCUAUUCCUGCCAUUACUGCCUUAUGUUUGUCUCUCUACCAUCUAGACUUCCAUUACAUAUGGUUUGACCAGGAAACAGUCUACAGAAUAAUGUUGCUAAUGAAAAAUUUCAAGAUUUUAAAUUAUUCUCAACAGACAAAGCUUUUCUGUCCUGUUUAGUGGAAGAAAAUGGAAGAGAGCAGUUGACUUGCCUUGGCACUUAUAAACUACAUGAUGGGAUCCAGUGUUGCUUCUAUCAUAUUCAGUGUGAACUAAGAAUGCUCAUCUGUUCAUCCUUUUGUGUGGUCUGUGGACUUGCAGAUUUGGGUGUGAAGUGGAUCUAAAGGAAGAUCCUUGCUCCUUAGGGAGAACCAGAAACACUUGCUCUGUGAGCAGCCCUAAUGGAAGUGCAACCAUUGAUUUGUGAAUGAGGAAAUUCACUAUCAAUCAAAACAAAAGCAAAGAUGGCUUAGCUUCCUUUUCUUCAAAGUAUCUAUUUGUAUUGUAGACUAUUUUUGUGACCCCAGUCCAACAGAUAUUUUUAAUUAGCUGUUCAGUAUUUUAAAAUGGAGAUUUUUUAAAAAUAAGGUGGCAUUUUAGAAAUAUGAUUGGAUAACUGAUUUCUAAACUAUAUUUGAGAAAUAGACUAUUUUUUUUACCCCAACAUUAUUGUUCUUUAGCAGUGUGAUACUGCAAGGCCACAAGCUGCAGAAGCAGAAAUUAAACAAGGGCUCCAAAUGGCUUUCAUAACAGUCUUCCACACUAUUUUUCUCAUAACCUCUAAAAUCUGUAAAUGUUUUCUCUCAAUAUUAUACUAGAUAAUGUAGUGUUAAUUGGAAAUUAACCACUGUAGUCAGCUUUGAGGUGUGGAGAAGUGUAAUCAGUGGCUUAUUUUUUCUUUUAUAUUGCUACAUUUCCAUUUCAGGGAAAGAGGAACUAGGUUAAUUAAAUUGCAGAUGAUUGAGUGCCUCUGUUGUGUGGAACAAGAGAUGCUUUAAGGAAAUUAAAAAAAAAAGCCUGUAAAAGAGUACAAUAAAGUUUUUCCAAUCUACUCUAAACAGGAUGCCAUGACAAUUCUAUUUUAUUGCAAGGGGGGGAAAUUCCACAAAUCAGAUUAAAAAACAUGGAGGACCACACAGUGCAACAUCUUAGUUUUAAUUAAAAUUCACCACUGGACCAAGUGAGAAAAAAUGCUGCAUAAUUUUGUGGGAAAAUUUUUGUAACUUUGAAUUGGCUGACUGAGUUGAUCUAACAGCUAUUCUCAUUCCAAAGACUGAACAAUUUAUAAAGAAUGCCUAGCUUAAGGUGUUUCAUUUCUAAUCAAAAGAAGAAGAGUAACUUCCAGUGAUCUGAAGAGGGUUCAUAGUUCAUUUUAUUUGUUCAGAGGUUCUGCUGAACAUUAUUUAUCUAUAAUAGCUAGUGCAUAGAGACUUUAGCGGAGUGAGAGUUCUUCUCUUUGGGCUAGGAAGUGUAGCAUUUAGCUUGGAAAACACUUGAAGCCAUAAAAUGGCAUUACUGUGGGGACUCUUCAGUCAAGUGACAUGAGAGGCUAUCCUCAAAUAGUGUUUUCUUGCUCUAGAAUAAAUGCACAAUAAUUUAUUAUUUAGCAGUUUUCAGUUUUACAGAAUGCUUUGCAAUUGUUCUUAUUCGUAAGCAUAAGCCCCCUAGAGUUGCCUUGGUGAGAUAGGCAGCAUAGAAGACUAAUAAUAAAUAAAAUUCAUAAGCAUUUGCUGACUGAAGAAAUCAAUUCAAUAGUGUUUACUUUGGAUUGGGAAAUUCCAGAUUGCCAGUUGGCAUUUCAGCUGAUGAUUUAUUUUUGUUGGCCUAAUUUACUUUGUAGGAUUGUUAUGAGGGUAAAAUUUAAGUGUGCUAUGCAGGGCUCUGCGAGAGCAACUGCAUUAACCGCAGCCAGGCCGGGCCAGUGCUCUAGACUUGCAACUUGCUCUCGUCGCCUCCAUGGCCUGUUCGCUGCUCUCGCAGCACCUUGCGCAGCACACUUAAAUUUAGCACACUUCACAAUGAGGGAGACAGCAUCCCCUCCUCCUCCUGGAACCCAUUAUGAUGCAGAGCAUUGGCUGCAGCUGGGCCAGGUCAGUGUCUCGGGUUGGAGAGAAAGUCGCACGUCUCCACGAACGACCGAGGUGUGCGCAGCACCAAGAAACGCCAGAAGAAGCGCCUGCGAGAUGAGAGGCAAGUACAGGGGCACUUCCUCCCACUCUGGAAUAUGGAGCGAGUCUCCAUUCCCACCUCGCCCUUACCUUCUCAGGCCACGCAAGGAAUGACUUGGAGGGUCAGGGGUGGGCCAGCCAGCUGACAGGGAGCUACAGCAGGGAGACGAAAGAGCUUCAUUUAUCUGGGAACCUGAAAUGACUCUCUAUUUAAAUCAUAUGGUAAAAAGCACUCAAGAAGAAAGAACAUCAGCAAAACAAACAAACAAACCCAACCCUCACUUGUUUUUGAAAAUGUUUCAAGAGGGAACAGACACAUGAAAGGGAGAGAGAGAGAGAAAGGGGGGGGAAAGAGAAAUGAGAAAAUGAGAGAGAGGAAAAAGAGAUACAAAUGAGAGAGAGAGAAGGGGGGAGAGAGGGUGAGGGACACAAAUGAGAGCUGGAGGGAGAGAAUGAGAGGGAAAAGUGGGAAAUGAGAGAGAAACGGAGAGAAAGAAAAGAAAGAGGGAGGGAGAGAGGGAGGGAGAGGAAAAAGAGAAAAACAAGAGGAAGGGAGAGAGAGAGACCCAUUUCCCACAGAAAACACCUGGAGCCACAAAACCUGGGUAGGCAUGGCUGUGGGGAUGUCAUGUGACUGGGUAGGAGUGAAGUUGAGUUGGCCAUGCCCACCCAGAUUUUGUGGCUCCUAGUGUUGUGUUUUCUGUGGGAAACCGGUCCAAAUGGCUCUUUGAGUGUUUAAGGUUGCAGACCCCUGGUAUAAAGGAUACAAAUGAAAUAAAAGAAAUAAUGAGAUUUUGCCUUUGAGAUUUGCAGAUUGCUGUCUUCAGAGCUUGUCUUCUAGUUGUUGACAAGUUGGCAAGUGUUACCUAUUAAUUUUCUAAUAGAAAAUUUUAUUGAUUUUAAUUCCAUUAUUUCUAUUCUGUUAGUUUUCCUUAGUGUAAUUGUAAAUAGACAUUCUUAAUGGAGUUAGGAUUGGGCUUACUCAUUUAUUGACAAUAAGAAAUCAUUGUUCAGGGCUGUCUCUUUCCCUACUUUAUGUACGUUGCCUCUAUUUCCUUGUUUUCAAAGUUUUCCAGUUGCCAAUUUUUCUGAGCAGUUACUAUUGCAUGACAAUAUUAUGCCAAAUGAACCCAUCUGUUUUAAUGUAAUGAAUGUAAUAAAUGCUUAUUUUCCAAGCAAGCAAACAAUUUGCUUGGGUUCAUAAGAUUACUGGCUUGGUAGUAGAUAAUACUGACCAAAAGUGACUUUUAUAGUAAUAUUCUUUGUGAUUCCUUUUAACUUUUAUAUGGAAAAGCAGAAAACAUUUGAAAAUAAAACACUGGAAUGUACAGAGUCCCAAGUGAACAGUGAUAUGAUUCUAAGUUAUAGAUUGAGUAACAUUGUGUUAUUGCCAAUUACUGUAUAUUUCAUAGUUGAAUUUGUCUCAAUUUUUUUCUUCAGAUAACUUGUAUAUUAAUUGUACCACAGAAAGUGAUUAUUUACUCUUGACUUUUUAUUACUCCCUAAACAUUAACAGUCCUAGGUGGGUUUACUGAGAAUAGUUACAGUGAAAACUAACCAGAGAUUACUUUCAUAAUUUUGAUAGAACAAUUCUGACAGAAUGCUGAAUUAGUUUACACUAAGCCAAACACGCCAAUCAAAACACAUUGGGACUUAACUUGGAUGUGUGAACUCAGCAAUGAGUUGAACAUAUUGGACUUGGAGCUUUAGAAAUAUUAAUGGGCAUCCAUCGGGGGAUACAUAUGAUGACAUGUUCAUGAUGUGAUCAUGCAAAUGCUGUAACUUAUCUUCUUGCAAUAAAUGUGACACAAAUAUGUAAUUGUAUAAUUUUAAUGCCAUGGUAGUAGUUUGGGUACCACUGAAUUUUAAUGUCCUGCCAGAUAUAUGCACUUGGUUGGCACACUAGCUUCAAUGUAGUGCAGUGUUUUUCAAGAGUUUUCUUUUGGCUACCUAGAUAUAAAGUAUACUUCAAUAUAAGACAUGAUAAGGGUUUUUCCAAUAGUGUUGUUUCCCAUGGAAGUGGGUGAGGGAGGGCUGAAAUGGCUAAGAAGCUUGUAGGAAGAAACUGACUGAAGAGAAACAGGAAGAAUUACUAGCAGUCAAGCUGUCUUGGACUGCUGGAGAGAAGCUUGUUCCAGGAGGAUUCAAGGCCACCUUGAAUCAGUAUAGGAAUUGCUAUUCAAAGAGGGUGAUGAUGCAGUGUGGAAUCUGGUUGUUUUGUAUGGAUAGAUAGAUAUUCAGGAGAAGUGGAAUAAAAGGUACAAGAAACAGGAUCCAGGUUUUGCUAACCAUGAGAUUGUGAGCUAAUAUAACAAGCCUCUGAUAAACUCUCUGGGGAAUGUAAUAACCUUAGUUUAAAGAAGGCUCACUAAUAUUUUAGUAGAAGCAGUAUUAUUGCUAGCAGAGAAAUUAUUAACUUCCAAUUGAAGAGCAAUUGGUUCAUAAAAUAAGUAUUACCCAAUACAUAAAGUAUUUGAAGGCAGAUGCCAGGAAAGAAGGAAAAAGAAAAUUAUUGUAUUUUCAUCCUUGUUAUGCUAAAAAUGUAAAAAAAAAAAUCAGAAAGUUUCACAAGAAGAGUACUUUCUUGUGUUAUAUUUUGUAUGAUCAAUCCCGACAUUCCUGUAUGAAAUGGCUGCAUGCUUGAUAUAAAUCCUUCCAAUUACAUAUGCAUUUAGGAUUGCCAGAGAAAAUUCCAGGGGUAGAUUAAAAACAACUAUCAACUUAAAAUGUGUUAUUUGACGUAUAGUUUUUGUUAAUAGCUAUAUCUGGGAAUGGAAUUUUUUCUCAGAUCCCCAGUGUCCACUGCAGUAAUUAACAUUGUUACAUUUUUUUUAAAAAAAGAAUGACAAUUCAAGUGAUGUAAUUGAUGUUUUAGUUUAUUUUUGACUUGAGUUUACAGAGCUGUGCAGUCACAAAAAUUCUGAGGAAAAUGAUUAUUUAAAAAAUAAAACAAUUUAAAAUAA